AUGUCUACAUUCUCAAGAUAUCCAAACAUCUCACCCCAUUUGGCUGAGAUUGUGAAACCCCAUUUACCAAAGGAUGGGUCACCUGAAAUUGAUCCAUCGACCAAGUCAAAUUAUUACAAUUUCAAGGUCGAGCAUUUGUACCUCGAUUUAGCCGUGAGAUUUGAUAAGAAGCGUCUUAUUGGUUCAGCUUCUUUUGAUAUCAAGGCUAUUCAAGACUCUGGUAACAUUAUUCUGGAUUCAUCGUUCUUGAAUAUCAAGGAUGUUUUCAUCAAUGGCGAAAAGACAUCAUUUACUGUGAAGCCAAGAGAGGAGCCACUAGGCUCUCCAUUUGUUAUUAAUUAUUCAGUGAGAAUAAAUGAUUCAUUUAAGCUGAAGGUGGAUUAUGAAACAACUGAUAAAUGUACUGCAUUACAAUGGCUAGACCCAGAGCAAACGGAUGGUCACAAGCUACCAUAUCUGUUCUCACAGUGUGAACCAUCACACGCUCGAUCUUUCUUCCCAUGCUUUGAUACCCCCUCAAUAAAAGCACCUGUAUCAUACCAUAUAACUUCUCCAUUAAAUACAUUGGUUUCCGGCUUGUUGUCAGACAAGAAGCCUUCUUCCAGUGAUCCAAAACAUUUUGUUUAUCACUAUGAACAGCCUGUUCCUAUUCCAUCCUAUUUGGUUUCCAUAGCAUCCGGUGAUAUUGUGGGUGCAAAAAUUGGACCUCGAUCCACCGUUUACUCAGAGCCUUCCUUCAUUGACAAAUGCCAAUAUGAGUUUGAAGCUGACACUGAAAAGUUUAUUAAGACUGCUGAGGAUUUGGUGUUUGAGUAUGAAUGGAAAGAGUACAAUGUUCUAAUCCUACCGCAGUCGAUGCCGUUUGGUGGUAUGGAACAUCCAAAUUGUACCUUUGCCACACCCACCUUGGUUUCCGGUGAUCGCGAAAAUGUUGAUGUCAUUGCUCAUGAACUUUCUCACAGUUGGUCUGGAAAUUUGGUCACUAACUGUUCCUUUGAACACUUUUGGUUGAAUGAAGGCUGGACUGUUUAUCUUGAGCGCCGUAUUAUUGGAAAACUGCAUGGUGAUAAGUAUAGAGACUUCAGCGCUAUCAUUGGAUGGACAGAUUUAGUUAAUGCGAUUGAUGCCAUGGGUGACACUGCCAACAGAUACAGCAGCUUAAUUCAAGACUUAAAGGAUGGAACUGAUCCUGACGAUUCGUUCAGUGAUGUACCUUAUGAAAAAGGCUCUAAUAUGCUUUACACAAUUGAAAAAACACUGGGUGGAAAAGAGCAAUUUGAUCCCUUUAUCAAAUACUACUUUAGGAAAUUUAAGUACAGUUCAUUGGAUACAUAUCAAUUCUUAGAUACUCUUUACGGCUUUUAUGCUGACAGAAAGAAUAUUUUGGAUACAAUUGACUGGCAAAGAUGGCUAUAUGGGCCAGGAUUACCACCAAAGCCAAAGUUUGAUACUGAACUUGUUGACCAAUGCUAUAAUCUAUCUGACAAAUGGAUCAAAGUUGCAUCAACAACACCAGAACAGCUUGAGUCUAUAUUUGAUCCAUCUGAUAUUAAGAACUUCUCAUCCAAUCAAAAUUUGGUCUUUUUGGAUACGUUGGUUGGCUCUGAUGGCGAUGACGGAUUUCAUUGGAAUUCAUCAAGUGGAAGAAAAGCAGUUGAAGUUAUGGGAAAGAAGUAUGCAAAUUAUGAGACAUCUCAAAACGCCGAGGUUCUUUUCCGUUGGUUCAGAAUUCAGUUGAUUGCAAGGAUCGAAUCUUCUUAUAUUAAAUUGGCUGACUGGCUUGGAACAGUUGGACGUAUGAAAUUCGUGAGACCUUCUUACAUCUUGUUGAACAAGGUUGAUAGAGCUCUUGCCUUGAAAACAUUUAAAAAGUUUGAAGCAGGCUAUCAUCCUAUAUGUCGCUCGAUGGUUAAAAAAGAUCUUGGUUUAGCAUAA